AUGCCAGUAAAGAAGGAAACUAAUAAAGAUUCAAAAAUGAUUGAGAAUAAAAUGUAUAAAAAGGCAGCCAGGUCAGUAGCAACAUUUCUGAAUGCAGUUACAGAACGGUCGAAGUCAACAGAGACAGAAAGUGACACAAUCAAGCAGAUAGGCAAAAAGAGACAGGAAUUAAAUAGGGAAAUGAAGACAGAAUCUAUGGGUGUCAAAACAGGAGCCUAUAAAAGUGGUAAGGAAUCAAAAUCAGUAAAGAAGGCCAUGAAGAAUGAGCUAAAUGCCCAGGAUUCAAAGAAUACAGAGGGUGCAAAUGUAACAAGAGCAGCAGCCAAGACGGAAUCAAAAAAGAAGUCUGAUACAAAAAGGAAGGAGAUCAAAAAGAGGAAAACAGCAGCAAAAUCAAAAACAACCAAAUCUAAAUCAACUAAAUGA